CUGAAACUGAAUAGUUUCUCUUUGGUCCCAUUUUUCAGUUAUGGCUUUCACUUUUGGUUUAAAAAAUUUUUAAAUCGAUUUUCAAUUUUGUAUGUAAAUUGAACAAAAAAUAUGAGAGUAGGGGUGUACAAAUAUUACCGAAAAACAAAAAAUCAGACUGAAACUGAAUGGUUUCCUUUUUUUUGGUAACGGCUUUCGAUUUUGGUUUUCAAAAUUUUAAAAUAAGUUUUCGGUUUCAGUUUUAUAUGGAAACUGAAUAAAAACCUGAAUUACAGGUCUAUUUUUUAAAUUAAAAUUAAAAUAAAUAUUUUAAGUAACAUUUUAUAUUUUAUCUUAAUUCUGAAACUGUAUUGUUUAGUUUUUUGUCUUGGAGGCGUGUGCUGUAACAAAGUUGGAAUUCAGAAGUAUAGAACAUAUUUUAAAGAAGAGCAAGAAGCUCUCCUCCUUGUAUGUAGACAAUGCAGGACAAUUGUUUCCCUGAAUUGUAGCAACAGCCAUGCGCCCAUGUCAACUGUGCUGCCUGUGCCUGAGCUUUUCAAAUUUCAGAUUUUAAGAGAUCUCAUACCUCAAAAUGAUCAGAAGAGGGAUAAAGCUUCAUUUUUGUUAGAGGUUAUAGAAUACAUUCAUUUUUUACAGGAAAAGUUACAAAUGUAUGAAGGAUCAUACCAAGGAUGGAGCCAGGAGCCCACAAAGUUAAUACCAUGGAGAAAUAAUCAUGGACCUGUAGAAGGUUUUGCUGAUCAUUCGCAAGUCAUGAUGAAUGGCUCUGGUCAGGAGAAUAAUGCUGUCACCCCAACAGUUCUUACAAAUGCAGAGGGCUUUGUAGAAUCUGAUUUAAGCACAGGUGCUGCAUACAGAGCAGUGAAUCAUUCCCAUGGACCAGCAACUGAAACAAUUCCGCUUAAUGUGCCGUUACAGCCAAACAUGUUCCCUGCUGGUGGGAGGGGGGCCAUGCCAAUGCAGGCAUCUUUUCCUGAUGCUGAGCACAUGAGUUCCUUGGUCCAAUGCCAGUUAGGUCAGGAUAGACCAUGUGCUACCGAGUAUGCUGCCUCGAGCGGUGCGCCAAAUGGACAGGAGUUUGCGACUGAAAAUAGAGCAGUUAAUAUCUCUAAUGCCUGCUCUCAAGGAUUAUUGAAUACUCUGACCCAAGCACUGGAAUCUUCAGGCGUUGAUAUUUCACGGGCCAAUAUAUCUGUACAAAUUGAUGUUGGAAAAGAAGCAAAUAGUCGAGUGAUGGCUAUGACAUACAACAUGAAGGAUAACAGGAGCCUGUCUCCUAGAAAUCGAGCUAUGCUACAUUCUGUAGUUGGGAGUUGUGUUAAGGACUCUGAUCAAGCUUAUAAGAGAGUUAGAACAGAAAGAAGAGUUGGGCAGAUCAAAUUGGAAGGGUCUAUGAUUCCUUGAAGAGAGAUGAGAAGGUUGGCGGAUUCGUCAGAGAGGGAGAAGGAGUUGGAGGAAAGCGACGGAAGCUUCGUUGACUUGUCGUAGAACACUCGAGGCUUUGUCGAGAGGAAUCGUCAAGAGAGGAGAAGACUGGAGGUUUCAAAGAGAGAGCAGAGGCUAUCGUCGAGGAGAAGACUUGCUGGAGGCUUCGUUGAGAGAGUAGAAGAGAAGAAGCUUCGUGGGAGAGAUGGGAGGAAAGGAUUUUAGAUGCAUUUGGGGUUGUGUCUUUUUUAAUUUAUGUUUUAUAGCAAGAAGCCUAAAAGGCGUAUGCAUGACAUUUGAGGCGUAAAAAUGCUGUCUUUUUUGAUUUAUGUUUUAUAGCAAGAAGCCUAAAAGGCGUACGCAUGACAUUAAAGGCGUAAAAGUCUUUUUUAAUUUAUGUUUUAUAGCAAGAAGCCUAAAAGGCGUAUGCAUGACAUUUGAGGCG